CCCUCCACCCUCUUUCUCUCAACCAUGUUCCCUUCUCAUUGAGUGAGUACUCCCAUUGCAUGCACUACCAGUCAAGAACAUUGGUUUAGUUCUACCUUUUGCUCAAGCCACCAUGAUCAAGACCUUGAACCCUUACCCCAAUCCAGCAAAAACUGCUGAGAUCAUGUCCAGGUACAGGCCCAUAGCCCCAAAGCCUGAAGCCUCCCCAAACACAUCCAUCACCGAGGGCUCUUCCUCUCUCUCUCAAAAGAUCAAGCAAUCUCCUUACCUUAGGAACCUCUGGCCACAGUUGCAAGCCAGGCCCACCAGAACCAGAAAGAGAGGUAGGGCUCCCUUGACACUGCCCUCUUCCUCCCUCAAGAGACAGAAAACACAUGUCCUAGGUUUUUGUCCCCCUUGUCAUGUAACAUCCCCAGCAAAAACCCUCUCCUUGCAGAGUUUUCCUCCUCCUCCACCCCUCCCUCUUCAUCACCCCAACCAUGGACUUGGAGUGCUCAAUUGCACCAUGGACAACACCUCCUCCAAUAAUAUACAACAUAAUCCAAGCUUGGUCACACUCCCUCUCCUUCCAUGUUCUCCUUCUGCCAUUUCCAAUGUCCCUCCACCCAAAUCAACCAAGCCUUCUGGGGAAGAGGCUAUUAACGUUCUUGAUUUGAACACCAAAGUUUGUGUUCCAGAAGAGAGGGAUCUUCUGCAGCAGCUGCAGAAGCCAGUUUCCAACAAUGUCAUAACGCCUCAACCAGUUCGCCCUAUUGGCUCAACCAUAAGUGUGGUUUGCAUCAGUGAAGACCUAACCCUGCCACCACUGGCUCGAACCCCAAAAAGGCCACAUGAGGUUGAGCAAGAUGUUGAGUCCGAGGCCAUGCCAGCUGUCAUAUCAGACUCGAACCACCGGAUCAGGAUGGCCAAUUCUGCGUACAAGGAGAUGGUGGGUCAGCCACUGUGUCCAUGGCUCGAUGCCAUGAUGGUGAACGGUGGUGAUGGAAGAAGCCCUCAAUGCAAGAGGAUCAGCGGUGAGGUAACACUGCAUCUCAGUGACUCAAUUAUACCAACUUCAUCAAACGGAUUCUCUUGCUGGGUUAGGAUUGAAUGGCAGAGUCAACAAAAGAAGAACUGUGUUAACGCUUUCUGUGAUGUUAUGAAGCUGGCUUGUGAAUCCAGGGACUACCUCUUCACGUGGAGGUUCCACACUCGCACCAGGGAAGCUUCUCAGUCAAGUUGCAACGCUUGAAAUUAAUUAGUAUAAAUUAUGCUGUUAUAGUCAAUAUUAUUGCACAUAUAGCUCUAGCUAGCUAGGCUCUAGUGUGAGAUGACUACCUUUCUUGUCUGCUUUCGAUCGAUACAUAUAUGUACAUGGUUUUUAUAGUAUUAUUAGGGAUCAUCAAAUAUAGUUUUCUUUCAUUAAAA